CAUAUUGCUCAUCAAAAUUAAUUAAUUUAGAAGCAAAAUAUAUUUGAUAAUUAUUAUACAAAUAAAUAAAUGGGUUCAUAGCAAGCUAAACAAAAUUAGGAAUUCUAAAAUUUUUCUGAAUACUAUUUAACUGAAACGGGUCCUUCAAAUAAAGAAAUGCAAUACAUAGAGAAAUUAGCUACCAAAUUGAACCAAACAACGGAGGAAUUGUAACUCAUUAAGAAUUUUUUAGAAUAAAGAGGAUACAAAUUUUCUGAAAGACUGUUGGGGAAAGGUGGAACUAGUGUUGUUUUAAGAGCAGAAAAUAUUCAAGGACAGAAAUUAGCACUCAAAAUAUUAAAAUGCUCAACUAAAGAGCAAUAUUUGAAUAAUCUAUAAGAAUACCGCUUAAUGAAAUAAACAAAUUCAAAUUAUGUUAUAAAAGUGAACGAACUUCUUGAAUACAGAACAAAUAAUAAAUUAAUUUAAUUUUUGGCAAUGGAGAAAUGUUUAUAUAAUUUAUAGUCUUAGCUCUGUGGAGGCAAGAAGAUGAAAAAAGAUUAAAUAUAUGAGAUUUGUCUUCAUCUCACAAAGGGAUUAAGCUCUCUUCAUAAAUAAAAUAUUUUACAUUUAGAUAUCAAGCCAGGAAAUAUUGUUUUGGGAUUUGAUAAUAAAUGGAAAUUUAUUGAUUUGGGAUUGUCUUAGGUUUUACCUCAGAACUAAGAUUGCUGUGAUGAUGUGCAAGGCCUGACAAGAUAUUAUUGCUCUCCAGAAUAGUACUAAUUGUUCUAUAAAUUAUCUAAAGCAAAAAUUGGCAAGUAAAGUGAUAUCUACAGCUUGGGACUAGUAUUUCUCGAGCUUACAGGAGUCAAAAUACCAGAAGCAUAAAUACAAGAAACAAAGUUGAAGAAAAUAAACUUUGAGCAGAUGUUUAAUCCAGAAUUUGAGGAAAUCAAUAUACUACUAAAUAAAAUGUUAUAAUAUAAUCCUGAAAAUAGAUGCAGUUUAUCUUAAAUUAAGAGUUAUUUAGAUUAAUUGAAUUGCGAAGAAGGUUAAUGUACUACCACUGUUGGCACUUCUCCUAUGAAUACACUGCAAUUCUAAAUUAAAAAUAUAUCAAUAAGUAAAAAAGACUAAAGAUCGAAAUCAAAUCUUAAAUAAGAUAUUGAUUAGUAGAUCUUUGAGAAAAGAAGACAUUACAAGCAUGGGAGUAUGAAUGAUUUGUCUUCUUUAGAAAAUGUAUCAAGUUUAUCUCCUAAAAAAAACAUGCUUUAAAUCAAAUAAGAAUAAAAUUAUUAGAACUAAAACUUCUCUCAUUUCUUCGAGCUGAGGAGAUCUGGGUCUCAGGCAUAAAUUCCCUCAGAAAUGUUUAGUAAUAACUAACAUCAAGAUGGCUUAUCUCCUACAAAAAAAGUAGUUUAUCCUUAAAAAUUAGAACAAAUUUAAUUAGCAAGAAAUAUUAUUUCUAAAAAACUAUCUGUUGCUGAUAUGUUUAAAAAUACAAGUACACAAUAAUUUAAAGAUGUUAGUCCUAUAAGACCUAAAAUCAAAGUAGUUCUACCUUCUUUAAGUAAGGUAUCUUCUAAAGUAGUCUCCCCAUCUAGUACAUAAACAAAAUUCUUUUUGCAUAGAUAACAUAUAAAUGAAUAAUAAAAUUGA